CUACGUGUCAUCGUCAUCGCGUUUUGCCGAUCGAAUCGACAACACUCCUCAAAAUUUUCAUUCCAAAAAGUCUCGCCGCGAUCGAACCACCGCACUAGUGCCGGGCGACGAACGGAAGAAAAAGUGCAAUUUUUCCGGUUUCUACAAUGACCGCAUAGAAGUGCUGAUAAGCGGGACAUUGUCGUGGAUACGCGGGUGCGAUUUGCCGAUGUGAUAUUUUCGUUCAGAUUGAGAGAAAAGGAAAAGUGGGAAUUGUGACACGACGGUUCGGUUGUUGGGGGCCGCUUUGGAAAAAUACACUGGAAGGGGGCGCAGGGCGGAGGAGCCGAAUGAAAAAAUGAAUCGACCGAGCAAGAUAAACUAUCGGAAGACGGCCGGCUACUCGAGUUUGAUCACUUUUGCCGUGCUGCUGCUGGCGUGGCUGUGCGGAUUCUCCAGCCGGUUGUUUGCCGUCAUCCGCUUCGAGAGCAUCAUCCAUGAGUUCGAUCCUUGGUUCAACUACCGUGCGACGGCGCACAUGGUCGAGAAUGGGUUUUACAAGUUUCUCAACUGGUUCGACGAAUCGGCCUGGUACCCGCUGGGUCGUAUCGUCGGCGGAACCGUCUAUCCAGGGUUGAUGAUCACUUCCGGCGGUAUCCACUGGUUGCUGCACACGUUGAACAUUCCGGUGCACAUCCGGGACAUUUGCGUGUUUCUGGCACCGAUCUUCAGCGGACUGACGGCCAUCUCGACCUACCUGCUAACCAAGGAGCUGUGGUCGGCCGGAGCUGGGCUGUUUGCCGCCAGCUUCAUCGCCAUCGUUCCCGGAUACAUUAGCCGUUCGGUGGCCGGAUCUUAUGACAACGAGGGCAUUGCCAUCUUUGCCCUGCAGUUCACCUACUACCUCUGGGUCAAGUCUGUCAAAACCGGAAGCGUGUACUGGGCCGCUUGUGCCGCGCUGUCCUACUUCUACAUGGUUUCCGCCUGGGGAGGCUACGUGUUCAUCAUCAAUCUGAUCCCGCUGCACGUGUUCGUCCUGCUCAUCAUGGGCCGUUACUCGCCUCGGCUGUUCACAUCGUACACCACGUUCUACAUCCUGGGACUGAUCCUGUCGAUGCAGAUCCCAUUCGUUGGGUUCCAACCGAUUCGGACGAGUGAGCACAUGGCCGCCUCCGGGGUGUUCUUGCUGCUGUUCGCCGUGGCCGCUCUGAAGCAUCUGCAGACGGUUCUGUCCAAGCAGGAGUUCAAGAAGCUGUUCAUCAUCGGAGGUUUGGCUGCUGCGGGAGUCGUGUUUGCAGGUGUCGUUCUGCUGACCAUGCUGGGAGUGAUUGCCCCUUGGAGCGGUCGUUUCUACUCGCUCUGGGACACCGGUUACGCCAAGAUUCACAUUCCGAUCAUCGCUUCCGUAUCGGAGCAUCAGCCGACGACGUGGUUUUCGUUCUUCUUCGAUUUGCACAUUCUGGUCUGUACCUUCCCGGUGGGCCUUUGGUACUGCAUCAAGAAGAUCAACGACGAGCGGGUCUUCGUGGUCCUGUAUGCCAUCAGUGCCGUCUACUUUGCCGGCGUGAUGGUCCGUUUGAUGCUGACUUUGACGCCGGUGGUUUGCAUUCUGGCCGGUGUGGCCUUCUCCGGGCUGUUGGAGGUGUUCCUGAAGGAAGAUGCCACUCCGAACAACAAGGAUGCCAACGAUUCCGAGCAAGAGGAGACACCCAGCGAGAAGAAGCAGCUGUAUGAUAAGGCCGGAAAGUUGAAGCUCCGUCCGAAGCACGACAGCUCGUCGCACGGGGCCCACGGAGAGCAGAACGCUGGAAUGGGAUCGAACCUGAAAAGCAUUGUGAUUGUUGCAAUUCUGAUGCUGCUGAUGAUGUUUGCCGUGCACUGUACCUGGGUUACGUCGAACGCCUACAGCAGUCCGUCGAUUGUGCUCGCCUUCUACAACAGUAACGAUGGAACCCGCAACAUCCUGGAUGACUUCCGUGAGGCUUACUACUGGCUGUGGCAGAAUACUGCUCCGGAUGCUCGCGUCAUGUCCUGGUGGGAUUACGGCUAUCAGAUAGCGGGUAUGGCGAAUCGGACAACCCUGGUGGACAAUAAUACGUGGAACAACAGCCACAUUGCGCUGGUCGGUAAAGCCAUGUCCUCGCCGGAAGACAAGGCGUACGAGAUCAUGACCUCGCUCGAUGUGGACUACGUGCUGGUGAUCUUCGGAGGCGUGAUCGGAUACAGCGGGGAUGAUAUCAACAAGUUCUUGUGGAUGGUUAGGAUUGCCGAGGGAGAACACCCGAAGGAUAUCCGGGAGAGCGACUACUUUACCGAUCGGGGUGAGUUCCGGAUCGACGCCGAAGGUGCUCCAGCUUUGCUGAAUUGUUUGAUGUACAAGCUGAGCUACUACAAGUUCGGAGAGCUGAAACUGGAUUACAGAGGUCCAGCCGGGUACGACCGCACCCGGAACGCCGUCAUCGGUAACAAAGACUUCGAGCUGACCUACCUGGAGGAGGCGUACACCAGCGAGCACUGGUUGGUCCGGAUCUACCGGGUCAAGAAACCGCACGAGUUCAACCGGCCAGCCCUGAAGGCGGACGAACGGGUCGUCCCGGCCGGCGACUUUGUGUCGCGGAAAACCUCCAAGCGGAGGAAAGGUCUCAUCAAGAACCGUCCGGUCGUGGUGAAAGGAAAGCGGAACAAGUAAAUCAGCCCCUGAACCACCAAUGAUCCUACCUACAUACAACUACUCCUACCAAUUCCUCCCCUCAACAACAACUAUUGAAUACCUAAUCUGACUGAGCGAACGAGCGGAACCAGGUGCGUGGACGGUAUGUCUUUCCGUGUGAUUUCGUAGGGUCUUGUGUGUAGAAAGUCGGUUAUUUGUUUAGUUUUUAGGUACUAACGACAUUACCAUCUUUGCUGCUACUGCAAUGCCGGGGCACGGGGAAAUCGUUUGGCGCACUGCCCAUUUGUCAUGAAGAUCGUUGACUAAGUGGAUUUACUGGUUUUAUUGAGGUUUCGAAGUUAUCCGCAACACCACUCGUCGCCGUUGUUGUAACUACGAUCAUUACAACUGUAACAGAUUCCGUGUUGAUCUCUGGUAACACUGUAGGCUACAUGUUGAUGCCGUGGCCAAAUUAUAGGCGUUAAAACCUUAACGAAUCCUCAACAAAACCAGAAAAUUCACUUGAGUGGGGUUAGCACAAUCCCUUUUGGCAUGACCGAAGAUGCCAAACGGAUCAUACCGAACCGAACGAUAGAUACCUAAGUAGCAAAAGCAAAAGUACCCCUCUCAUGUGUUGAUUUUUAAGAAACGGGCAGUGCAUUUAGGAAUCCUACUUUCGACAUUUCGUUUGUGUUAUUUUUAAGAAAUUUGGUAGGCACUUUUUUCGUUUGCCUCACAAUGUUCAGGAAAAAAAAACAAUCGGCUAACCUAGUUGUACCGUGGAAGAGAAGAGAAAAAGCCAAAUUAUAUGAUCAUAAUCGUAAAGAAGAAAAAAAACAGAAUUGGUGAUACACUCCUACGCAACCUUAUUGAUCUAUUGAUUUGUUCCCAGGUGACUAUACUGCAUAUCACCACAAUCACACUAGUAAAAACUUAAAUUUUUAGAAAUACAAACCAUAAUCGAAUCGCGUUAACCUAGGUUAAUCACAAACACUGCAAUCCACUUUGCGACGCACCACGUUUGUUUUAGUUUUGGAAGAAAUCUGGAAGUUUGUCUUUCACACCGAACAGCAGUAUGCGUUCCGAAUUCUAUUGGAUCUGUAUGUCCGGAUAUGAAGUUCGGUUAGCAUAUAGCAAAGCACAGUUUGUUGCACACCCAGAACUUUUCGUGGAAGUGGAUUUAGUUCUUUGAUAAAAAAAAUCUCUGAAAACCUCCCAAGGUUCACACAGGCAAUGAUAUGCAUGCAUACAGGUACGUCACUGUGAACAAUGGGCGAGGAAAACCUAAAAUACGCGUAGGUACGGACGGGAGUGAAUGUGAAAACACAGUACAUUACAGAAACUAAGCGAUUGCGCGAUGGCGAAUAUAAACAAUAAUAGAAACAAAUGGCACAGUU